AUGUUUGGCGCGCAGGCCGGCAGGGGGCAACCCCUCAACGGCCAGUCUGGCCGAAACAUACAGCAACUCCUCUACAACUUUCAACAACCCCACGCCACCCAUCAGCACGCCGGGCCCGGUCAGCAUCACCAGAGCGUUCAGCCGGAUCCCAACGCCCACAAUGGCGGCAACCCAAACCUAAGCCACCCCUCAAACUACUCGGCGCUCACCACCGCGAACCCUUACACGACCAACACCCUCCAGAACGGACACACUGCCACUCCCAGUGCCGGACAAGGGCAGGCGAUCAACGAGCACUGGGCCAAGCAGCUCCGCCUAUAUAAAGAUGCCGAACGCGCUCACAUUGCCAUGACGGACCAGCACCAGCCGCACUACUACGCGAGAUUGAAGGCAUCCGAGAAUAAGGGAAUCGGCUUACCUGCGAUCUCGAGUACCGGUACCGGCCAAGGUGCCAAUGGCGAGACCGAAGAUAUGCGACGACCUAUGGCUAUGGAGAAGGUCGCCAAGCGUCAAGAUUGGCACAACUUGGAUCUCAGUGGUCAAGGUCUCCGCAACCUUUCCCCCUCUCUGUUCAAGUACGAGUUCUUGCGCGAGCUCUACAUUGCCUCCAACAAGCUCACGCGACUUCCACCCGCCGUGGGCCGCCUCCGACAGCUUACCCACCUGGACGCGUCGUACAACGAAAUCUCCGAACUGCCCCCCGAGCUUGGCAUGUGUACAUAUCUUAGGAGCCUUCUCCUAUUCAACAAUCGUCUCAGGACUCUACCGUUCGAGCUCGGCUCGCUCCACCUUUUAGAGAUGCUCGGCAUCGAGGGCAACAUGCAGUUAGCCCCUGAACUUCGGCAAGAGAUUAUGGAAAAGGGAACGAAGAGCCUCAUCACCUAUCUUCGCGAACAGGCUCCGGUUCCCGAACCACCCCCGAUGCGCGAAAUGAUUACGAUCCAAGAAGACGUUUCGACAAACCUCGAGCAAUUCAAGGUCCUCACGUGGAACGUGUUGUGCGACAAAUAUGCUACCACGCAGACGUAUGGAUACACGCCCACCGUAGCUCUCAAUUGGGACUACCGGAAGGAAUGCAUUUUCCAGGAACUCCGGUUCCGUGACGCCGACUUUUUGUGCCUGCAGGAAAUCUCGACGGAGGCGUUCAAGGAGGACUUCUCUCCAGAGCUUGCCAAGUCCGACUACAAGGGUGUGCAGUGGCCCAAGACACGAGCGAAGACUAUGUCGGAGAAGGACGCAUUGUCGGUCGACGGCUGCGCAGUUUUCUGGAAGGGCAGCAAGUACGUGUUACUUGACAAGCAGGUUAUCGAGUUCGCCAGCAUCGCCAUCAACCGGCCCGACAUGAAGAACCAGCACGACGUCUUCAACCGAGUGAUGCCCAAGGACAACAUUGCCGUCAUCUGCUUCUUCGAGAGUCGACUGACCGGCGCGAGGAUAAUUUUGGUGAACGUGCACCUUACGUGGGACUCCGCACUAGCCGACGUCAAGACUAUCCAGACCGGUAUCCUCAUGGAGCACGUUACGAAGUUGGCAGAGAAGUAUGCACGGUGGCCCGCUGUGAAGGACAAGAAGCUGUUUACUUUCCGCUCGACCGGUGAGGACGGCCAGGACGCAGCCCCUCCAGCACCCGAACCAGCGCCUAGCCAGGAGUACCGAAAUAACACGGACAUCCCGCUCCUCGUCUGCGGUGACUUUAACUCGACAGAGGAUAGCUCGGUGUACGAACUCAUGAAUCUCGGCCGUGUGCCGCCUGACCAUCUUGAGAUUAGCAACUACCAGUACGGUAGCUUCACGAGGGACGGUAUCGAGCACCCCUUUAGCCUCCGAGACGCCUACGCCCACGUCAAGGGAACGCCGGACCAACUUCCGUUCACCAACUACACCCCGAACUUCGCCGACGUCAUCGACUACCUCUGGUACUCGACCAACACGCUCGAGGUUGUGGAACUUCUCGGACCUCCUGAUGCGGACUACCUUAAGCGGGUUCCGUCGUUCCCCAACUACCACUUCCCGGCUGACCACAUCCAAAUUAUGGCGGAUUUUGUCAUCAAGGCUCGCAAGGACAAGAAGGUGUUGCCGGAGCCAGAUUUCGGGUCGGGAUCUGGUGAGCGCAACCGUUAG